AUGGAGGGGACCCGGGGGACACGGCUGGAGGAGCUCGAGAGGGAGAGCCUGGUGGGAGCUGUCCAUGGGGUGUCAGGGCCGGUGGUGACAGCCACGCGCAUGGCGGGCGCGGCCAUGUACGAGCUGGUGCGGGUGGGACACGCGGAGCUGGUGGGGGAGAUCAUCCGGCUCGAGGGGGACAUGGCCACGCUCCAGGUGUACGAGGAGACCUCGGGGGUGCAGGUUGGGGACCCAGUGCUGCGCACGGGGAAGCCGCUCUCAGUGGAGCUGGGCCCAGGAAUUUUGGGAUCCAUUUUUGAUGGCAUCCAGCGGCCACUGCGCGACAUCGCCGAGGCCACACGGAGCAUUUACAUCCCCCGGGGCACCAACGUCCCUGCACUGCCUCGACACCUCACCUGGGACUUUGUCCCCAGCAAGGACAUUAGGGUCGGGAGUCACGUGACGGGAGGGGACAUUUACGGGACGGUGGCCGAGAACUCGCUGCUACAGCACCGGCUCAUGGUCCCCCCCCGCAGCCGCGGCACCGUCACUUAUGUCGCGCCCCCCGGCAACUACAGCGUGGCGGACGUGGUGCUGGAGCUGGAAUUCCAGGGGCUCCGGGAGCAGCUCUCCAUGCUCCAGGUGUGGCCCGUCCGGCAGGUCCGGCCCGUGGCCGAGAAGCUUCCUGCGAACAACCCGCUGCUCACGGGACAGAGAGUCCUGGACGCGCUCUUCCCGUGUGUCCAGGGGGGCACCACGGCCAUCCCGGGCGCUUUCGGCUGCGGGAAAACCGUCAUCUCCCAAUCCCUGUCCAAGUAUUCCAACAGUGACGUCAUCGUGUACGUGGGGUGCGGGGAGCGAGGGAACGAGAUGUCCGAGGUCCUCAGGGACUUCCCCGAGCUGACCAUGGAGGUGGGCGGCCGGACCGAGUCCAUCAUGAAGCGCACAGCGCUCGUGGCCAACACAUCCAACAUGCCUGUGGCCGCCAGGGAGGCCUCCAUAUACACGGGGAUCACCCUGUCCGAGUAUUUCAGGGACAUGGGGUUCCACAGCUGCCUCCUGGCAGACUCCACGUCCCGCUGGGCAGAGGCCCUCAGGGAGAUCUCAGGACGCCUGGCAGAGAUGCCUGCGGACAGCGGGUACCCCGCAUACCUGGGUGCCCGCCUGGCCUCGUUCUACGAGCGGGCAGGGCGGGCACGGUGCCUCGGGACCCCCCCCCGCGAGGGCAGCGUCAGCAUCGUCGGAGCCGUGUCCCCGCCUGGAGGGGAUUUCUCGGACCCCGUGACCUCGGCCACUCUCGGCAUCGUGCAGGUUGGGGGGCACUGGGGGGACAUGGGGGAGGCGGACCCCGUGAAGGACGGCGAGUCCCAAAUCCUGGCGUCCUUCGCGCAGCUCCACGAGGACAUGACCGCGGCCUUCCGCAACCUGGAGGACUGA